UUGUUUUAUAGCUGGGAGCCAAUCUGUUUCUUUUUAUUUGUGCAAACCUGACUGGAGUGUUCACACAUUACCCUACUGAAAUCUCUCAAAGACAAGCUUUCUUAGAAACAAGAAGAUGCAUUGAGUCAAGACUGACAAGUCAGAAGGAGAAUCAGAAUCAGGAACGGCUCCUCCUGUCUGUUCUUCCACGGAAUGUUGCCAUGGAGAUGAAAGAUGAUAUUGAAACUGGAAGGUCCAAAAACAUGCAAUUCCACAAGAUCUACAUCAAAAAACAUGAGAAUGUCAGCAUUUUAUUUGCAGACAUUGAAGGUUUUACUGUGCUUUCUUCUAUGUGUACAGCACAGAAUCUUAUUAAGACUCUCAAUGAGUUGUAUGCAAGAUUUGAUCAACUGGCUGUGGAGAAUCACUGCCUGAGAAUCAAGAUUCUUGGAGACUGUUAUUACUGUGUGUCUGGAUUACAGGAGCCACGCCCUGACCACGCUCACUGUUGUAUUGAGAUGGGACUAGCUAUGAUUGAUGCUAUCUCGUUUGUGCGUGAUGCAACAAAGGUCAACUUGAACAUGAGGGUUGGUAUUCACCAGGGUAAAGUGCAUAGUGGUGUUCUGGGAUUGGUUAAAUGGCAGUAUGAUGUAUGGUCUAAUGAUGUCACUAUAGCCAAUCACAUGGAGUCUGGUGGCUUACCAGGGCGUGUUCAUAUAACCAAGGAUGUGUUGAGCUGUUUGAAUGGUGAUUAUCAAGUAGAAGAUGGACAUGGAGAAGAAAGAAGUGCAUAUCUCAAGCAGUAUCACAUACAGACCUACUUGGUUAUAGCUGAGCAUCCAGUCAAGAAGAAAGAAAUUUUUAAAGAACCAAAAAGAGAAAAAGAUCAAGACAAGAUUGAAGACAGGCUUGGUUUUUCUUCUGCCAAGCAAGACACUGAAGAUGAAGUCAAUGAAUUUUUAGGAAGUUCUAUUGAUGCCAGAAGCAUUGAUCGGUUACGUAAAGAACAUGUAAGACCACUGGUGUUAACAUUCAAGAAUGAAGAAAAUGAAGAAAAAUACUCUCAAGAGAAGGACCACAUGUUCAAGUCUUACUCAUCCUGUAUAUUCCUUAUAUUUAUCUUCAUUGUCUUGGUCCAAGUCAUGGUUUUACCAAGGAAUCAAAUAAUGCUGGGAGUCUUUUUGACAGCUUUUGUAGCCUUUUCUGUGGUAUAUAUUCUGAUCAUUUCAGAGAAGUUCAAAUCAUUCCCCAGAUGUAUGAAAGACAUCUCCACUAAGAUCUGUGGUUCACGUGUUAUUUGUCAUGUCAUUGCAUCAGUCCUGAUAUUCAUCCUUUAUAUUGCAUCUAUUGGUGGCAUGUUUGGAUGUGAAACUCCAAAAACAGUCAAUGCAACAGUCAAUGGUUCUAGUGUUGAGAAGUGCUAUCAUCUGCCGCUUAAUCCAGAAAAUGCCUCAUGUGACUAUCCACAGUACUUUACAUUCAGUAUAGCACUAGUAAUGAUAGCAUGUGCAGUAUUCCUUCAACUGAGUACAUUACAGAAGCUCUGCUUGCUUAGCUUUAUGUCAGUGAUAUAUAUAAUACUGGUUUAUGUCUAUGAUCUUGUUCACAAACAGUUUAGUCGACAUGAUGAUGUACAAUAUUGUCUGCUGGAUAAUUUUAUUCCCUGGACUCAUCUUUCUAUUCUAGUAGUUGUGAUGUUCAUAAUUUCACUGACUGGUCAUGGAUAUCUUCAUGAACAAAUAGCAAGACUGGAUUUCCUUUGGAAGCUCCAGGCCACUGAGGAGAAGAAAGAAAUGGAACAACUAAGAGAAUACAAUAAGAAAUUACUGUACAAUAUCUUACCUGUCCAUGUAGCACAGCAUUUCCUCAACCAAAAGUCAAAGAAGAAUGAGGAUUUGUAUUAUCAGUCUUGCGACAAAGUUGCUGUAAUGUUUUCCAACAUUUGCAACUUCUCAGAGUUUUACUCUGAACUGGAUGCAAAUGGAGAAGGUGUAGAAUGCUUAAGAUUAUUAAAUGAAAUGCUAGCUGAUUUUGACGAGCUACUUGCAGAACCUCGUUUCAACUGCAUAGAAAAGAUCAAGACAAUAGGAGAAACAUACAUGGCAGCAUCUGGUAUCAAGCCAGAAUCACAGGAAAAAUUAGCAACCCUCAACCACGUUGUACUAAUGGCAGACUUUGCAAUGGCUAUGAAACAGAAGCUACAAGACAUUAACCUUCAUUCCUUCAAUAACUUUCAAAUGAAAGUUGGUUUAAACUUUGGUCCAGUUGUCGCAGGUGUAAUAGGUGCACAUAAGCCACAGUAUGACAUCUGGGGUGAUACAGUCAAUGUUGCUAGUAGAAUGUAUAGUACUGGAAAACCAGACUCUGUACAGGUGGCCAGAAGUAUUUAUGACAUCCUGUCAACACGUGGAUUCACCUUCAAUUGCCGUGGGUUAGUUACUGUUAAAGGCAAAGGGAAAAUGGUGACAUACUGGCUGACUGGCAAGGAAGGUAGUGGACCAUAAGUCUGUCACACCACACUACACAAGUUGAUUGAAGCCAAGAUUAGCAUUUAUGAACAGUAGACUUCCUGGGUCAGGUGAAGAUUGUGUGACGUUAGUUGGAGAUUGAGUGACCUUGUGUGACACUAGUUGGAAAUUAUCAUGUGACUUCAUGUGACAUUAGAUUGAGAUGGAGUAACCUUGCAUGACACUAGUAUGUUGCCACGGGAAUGAGGAAUAAUGUAAAAACAGUCAAGUAUGUUUUAUAAUGGGUAUGGAUUAAGGAACUGUUGUACUUUCAUUAUAAUAUCAUGUGGGAAUGGCUAUGCAGUAUUAAUAUAAGUGCAUUCACAAUCAUGUACACAUUGUGACAUGCACAUUGAAGUCAAGCUAGAAAUACAGAGAUUUGCUUUUUAUCUGACAAACCUUUAAGCUAUUGUUUCCUUAUUGUUUUAUGGUUGUUUUCUAAUGACAGUUGCCUCAAAGCAAAACUAUUACAUUUUCCUCUUUUUUUACAUAUAAACUUUUAAAUUUCAUGAUUGUUUUCUUAGUAUGCUAACUUUCAAGUUUCAUAUUGAUGUUUUGCCUAAAUCUCCAUAUAUUUAUAUUAGAGAUGAUCAGACAUAAUUAUGCAGAUGCCAGCUUGAAUUUUAAUUUUGAUUUAGUGGUUAAGUUGCUAAAUGUCCAGUGUUGUUUUGUAAUAUCAUAUAAUGUGAUUUAAAUCCAAGAUUUUUAAUUAUGACCUAACAAUUAACAACAAAUUCCAGGUUUCUUAAAUAAGCUACAUACUACCUUCAAUUUAAGAUUGUACAAAGGCGCUGAGAGAAAAGACGUAUUGUAAUAUAUUAUUAACAGAUAUGUAAUAUAAAUAUCUCCAUCAUCAGUAGGUAGAUACAAUUUGGAUGCAGUAGUAGAGGCUGUUAUCUAGUGCACUGGGUUUCUGUAUCUUUAGUUAGUUUUUUAAGGAGGUUUUGAUGUAGAUGGUAGUAGUGGUCUGUAAAUCAUAAUAUAUACAACUAUAUGCAUACCAACAGAUGCUGGGCAUUGCAGUGGAACUGUAAAUAGGAGAAUUAUAAUAUAUUUCAUAGGACAUAAGGCUGUAAUGAUUUAUCCUAGAUUACUGAAGAUGAACAUGCUUAAAUAUUGCAAUGUCCAUACCAUUAAUAAUGAUUAUUGCGGCAUAGAGUUGAAGUUUCCUUCAAGCUGGAGUUAAUGCCAAAAUAUGGCAUUUAUCAACAGAGUCAACUGUAGCUUCUCUAACAUUCUUGUGGACCUUUUCAUCCAGCUCUGUAUUCUUUUUGCAUUAACUAACAUAUUGGAAACCAAUUAUAUGCAGAUAUCAGUCUGUCUAUGGACUUGCAAGAUUAAGCAAUUCAGGGGUUAGUUAAUUAGAUUAGGAAUAAAUAAGACAACAGCCUUGUUGGUACUUCUAGAGUAAUGAUAUCACCCACUAAUACAUGAUGUAGACAGACAUCAGGGUUGGAUAUAGGUAACCGUAUAUAGGCUACUUUCAUGGUUUUAACAUCCUGAUCACAACUUGAUUGAUUGAUGAUUACUAUUUUAAGCCAAAAACCCAGAUAGCUGGAAAACAUUUGUCUGAUGGUUCAUGUAUUCUCUACUUUCACAUCC